CUUCAUUUCACUUCGGUACCACGUGUUCGAAAUCAUUCCACAUCAUACAUAAUUAUGUUUCAACCGUAAUUGUGAUAAGAAUAAUCUCAACAGUGAAAAAUAAAUUUGUUACAAACAGAUGCGUUACGAACAAAUUCAAAUAUGGCAUCAACAUUAGCCGGUUCUUUGAAAAGAAUUGUCAAAUUGAACCCUGUUCAAGUUAGAAGAAUUUCACAUUAUCCCAUUGACGAUCACAUUUUUGGAUUAAAUGAAGAACAAAUUCAGUUGAGGAAUACAAUUUUCAACUUUGCACAACGGGAGUUAACUCCGAUUGCAAACGAAAUUGACAAGAAAGACAAAUUCGAAGAUCUAAGGAACUUCUGGAGAAAACUGGGAGACUUAGGUGUGCACGGAAUAACAGUUGAAGAAAAAUAUGGUGGAACAGAUGGUUGCUAUUUGGAUCAUGUCAUCAUCACCGAGGAGUUAUCUAGGGCAUCUGCAGCCGUAUCAAUGAGCUAUGGGGUUCAUUCAAAUCUUUGUAUCAAUCAGAUUCACAGAAACGGAAACGAAUGGCAGAAGGAAAAAUACUUGCCGAAGUUAUGUUCUGGUGAACACAUAGGAGCCUUAGCAAUGUCAGAAUCUGGAGCAGGAUCAGACGUUAUUUCGAUGAAACUGAAGGCAGAAAAAAAGGGGGAUUAUUAUAUUCUGAAUGGCCAUAAAUUUUGGAUCACAAAUGGUUCCGAUGCCGAUAUUAUUGUGGUAUACGCAAAAACUGAUGUUGAAUCGAAGCCCCAGCAUGGCAUUUCGGCGUUCAUCAUUGAAAACACCUUUGAAGGAUUCAAAUUGGGUCAAAAAAUGGAUAAACUUGGCAUGAGAGGUUCCAGUAACUCAGAAUUGUUGUUUGAAGACUGCAAAGUUCCGAAGGAAAACUUGCUUGGAAUGGAAAACAAGGGAGUGCAAGUUCUGAUGAGUGGGCUUGAUUUGGAGAGAGUAGUUCUGGCUGCAGGAACGGUGGGAAUAAUGCAAGCGUGCUGUGAUAUCGCCUUUCCUUAUGCCCACAUUCGAAAACAGUUUAAUACUCGUAUUGGCGAAUUUCAACUCAUACAGGGUAAGAUGGCUGACAUGUAUACAACUUUGAGCGCCUGCAGAAGUUAUUUAUAUAACGUAGCAAGAGCUUGUGACAAGAAAAAAAUCAAUAGUAAAGAUUGUGCUGGUGUUAUUUUGUACUGCGCCGAAAAAGCUACCCAAAUGACUUUGGAUGCCAUUCAGAUUUUAGGCGGAAACGGUUAUAUUAAUGAAUAUACAGCAGGAAGACUUCUCAGAGAUGCCAAGGUAUUUGAAAUUGGUGCUGGAACUUCUGAAAUUAGAAGGCUCAUUAUAGGAAGAGCGAUCAACUCUGAGUACAAAUAAAGUAUGAAUGUAACAUGUUUUUGACAAAAAUAAAAGAUUUUUAUAAAUAUGA